AUGAGUUCGUUUGGUGUUGCGAUCGCAAGUGGUCCAAUUGAUCUGCGAGUACGGCACAUCGAUGCACUGGCAAUGCUACUGCGAUUCAAAGACGGAGAGGAUCACGAAACGGAAGCGAUUGCAAACAAAUGGUAUAAAUGGCUUGGUGAUCCAUUCUCAUCCAUGAUUGUUGCAUACCUCAUCAGACCAUUUCCCGAUCUUCGGAUGGCAUCGUUGCGAUUGGUAUUUGAGCUGAUUGGAUAUAAAUGGGCGAUUGGAACACUCUGUCGCACCUCAAACUUUUUGGAUAAUGUAAUGAAGCGAGAGAUUGAGACAGCAGCUGAGGGGCGGCAGUGCAGAUAUGAUAUUGUUUGCAAACUGAUUGAUAAUGGUGAAACGAUCAUUCCACCGGAAGAUAUGAUCAAACUGAAAUUGUUCCGUCGUGAGGGGGCAUUUUUUGUGGAACGAAAACCGAUGAUCGAUAUGGAAAACGACUAA